AUGGCCUUAGAGCUGCCGCAUCUACCCGAGGUCGAGCGGCUGAGCCCGGCUUGCUUCCGGAUCCUCGGCGGGAACCCGGGAAAGUUCACGCUGCAGGGCACCAACACCUACCUGGUCGGAACCGGGCGCGGCCGCAUCCUCAUCGACACGGGGGAGGGUAGGUUGUCGUGGAUCACGGCGCUGACGCGCACGCUGCGGGAGGAGAAUGCCACCGUCACCGACGUGAUCCUCACGCACUGGCACCCGGAUCACGUGGGUGGUGUGAAGGACGUCCUGGCUCAGGUGAACGCGGAUGCCCGGGUCCACAAGAAGCACCGCCCGUCGCCUGACAAUGACCGAGAACUCGAUAUACAGGACGGGGAUGUAUUUCGAGCUGACGGCGUGUCUCUGACGGCCGUCUACAGCCCUGGACACACCACGGAUCAUAUGGCGCUCCUUUUACAAGAGGAAGACGCCAUGUUCACGGGAGACAAUGUCCUGGGUCACGGGACGUCAGUAUAUGAGGACCUCGGGGAAUACAUUCGAAGCCUUGGCAAGAUGCAACGGCUGUUUCGCGGCAGAGCGUACCCAGGACACGGGCCCGUCAUCGAGAACGGGCCGGCAAAGAUCCAAGAAUAUAUUUCUCACCGGCAGCAGCGCGAAGAACAAGUUCUGCAGACCCUUCAGUCCACCACUAAGGAUGCGACGGACUCAGGCGCCGAGAGCUCAAGGGGUUUGACUGCUGGGGAGCUCGUAAAGAUUAUAUAUAGUGAUGUUCGGGAAGAGUUGCAUCCCGCGGCAGAGAAGGGUGUGCGGCAGAUUCUCGGCAAGCUGCAGCAGGAGCAGAAGGUCUUGCCGUAUGGUGAUAGGUGGUUGGUGCGGGCCAGGUCACCAUUGUAG